AUGCAAGGCCGCACGCACCUCCUCCUACACUUUGACAGGGCUGGAAAUUCUCAGAAUCGGAGAGGCGUGGCUUGUGGCUCAGGGUGGAAGAAAGUGCACAGUUGCCCUGAGUCUGAUCAGCCAGACACCGUUCCCGCGGGGGCCAUGCUGGGAGAAGGAUCGUUUCCCCCCGCUAGAUGGAACCCAAACGGCCUCAAGCUCGGCGACCCAGGGUACAACAGAAUUGCCAAUAGCGUUGGCCAAUUUGCUGGAAUGAUGUGGACCUGCGAUGAAUUUCCCUUUGCCAGUUCUGUAGAAGGGGGCUCAGGAGCGCGGACAUACUGCACUCCUCAGCACGCAGCGUGCGGCGGUACGAAGGGUUUGCCUGUCGGGGUACAACUUGUCCACUCGGAACAAGACUUUCAGAGCAAUGCUCUGUCCAGUCUGCGGUCAAGUGUGUUCCACAAGUCCGAGGUUGGUGUAUAUCGGUAUCACUUCAAGACGAAAUUCAACACGGAGCGGAAGGGUGCUGCGCUAGAAGUCGAGUGGUACACAGAGUCCGGUGAUCAUUGGAGUAUUUGGGGCCAGGUAUCGAAACGCUCUAUUGAAGAACGUGACGCCCGAUCUGGGGUUAUCCGGGUGGUUGAUGGCAUUUACAGCAACGGCACUGUAGGACGGACGUAUGAGAUGAUACACAAGGACGAGUACAGGGUGCUUCGCAGAUCGUGGGAUGAAUAUCUCGGCAAGAAUGACUCGGCAGUGAAGCCCCAACAAGGGGACACGACGCAGCCAUUGGCACAGAUGGGCACCCGAGAUGUCGAUGAGGAGAUAAAGCUCAGUCGUAUCUGGCUGGAGGCGUCAGGCAACGGUACCAACCCGGCUCGGCAGGGGUACGAGGCUCUGGCUGAGCCUCCACCGCUACCUAUUCUCGAGAUAGCCCAAGACUUUGUGGAAGAGCAAAAGGAAGACAAACCUGCAGAGGAGCCUUACAUUGUGCGUGCCGUCGAAGCGAGCGACGGCACCGAGAAUUCCACCUCCACCGCCGAAGACGGCAAAACGCUGGCACCAAGACAUGAGGAGACGGCAGGCUGGAUGUUCCGUCGUCAGUCACAGCGCCAGUGCGACCGCGCGACGCCAUGCCCCGAUGGUAGCUGCUGCAGCAACAAGGGCCGAUGCGGAUACGGUGACGACAUCUGUGGCCCCAAGGUCUGCGUGUCCAACUGCGAGGCCACGGCUCUCUGUGGCAAGGACAGCCUGGGAGGCAAAGUCAAGUGUCCGCUCAACGUCUGCUGCAGCGCCUACGGAUACUGCGGCGUCGAGAAUGACUUCUGCGAGAGCGCCGGCAAGGACGCCCCCUGUCAGAAGGGCUUCGGCAGCUGCAACAAGAUCGAUCCCCCAUCCUGCGGGGGACGCUCAGCGUUCGCAAGAAGCAUCGGCUACUAUCAGUUUGCCAACGUGCGCGAGAGGCAAUGCAAUCGGAUCUCGCCCAAGCAGAUCCGCACUGAGGGCUUCACCCACCUGUAUGGUGCGUUUGCAACCAUCGACCCCAACACCUUUGCCGUGAAGCCGUGGCAUGAAGACGACGUCACUCUGUAUAAGGAAUUCACGGCUCUUAAGAAGAAAGGACUCAAGACGUGGAUCGCCAUUGGAGGCUGGACCUUUAAUGACCCUGGCGCGACACGCACUACCUUUAGCGACUUGGCUGCGAAUUCUGGGCGGCGAGCACGAUUCAUCAAUCCCGGAGCCCCUGAUCGUGGUGGCCGCAAGGAAGAUACAGACAACUACGUAUCUCUCCUGAAGGAAAUGCGUGCCGCAUUCGGCACCAAGUGCGGGAUCAGCGUAGCCAUCCCUACAAGCUACUGGUACCUGCGAUGGUUCAAGCCCAAGGAGAUGGAGCCUUAUGUCGACUACUUUGGCGUCAUGACGUACGACCUCCAUGGGCCCUGGGACGAGGACGUCAAGCAGAUUGGCAGCGUCAUCCUGGGUCACACAAAUGUACCGGAAAUUGCAAACUGGUCUCUACCGCUCUACUACGACGGCAUCGACCCGGCCAAGCUCAACAUGGGCCUUGCCUACUACGCUCGCGGCUACACCGUCGCCGACUCCAACUGCAACGGUGUCGGGUGUAAAUGGUCCAGCACCAGCCGUCCAGCGCCCUGCACCAACUUUGGCGGCGUCAUGUCGCUCGAGGAGAUCGAGAGGAUGGUCAAGGAGGAGCCAGGCAUGUCACCGAGGUUGCUGGCCAAGGACAUGAUGAUGGAGCUCAAGUUCGGCGACCAGUGGAUCGGCUAUGACAACGAGGACACGAUCCAGAUGAAGAAGCGCUGGGCGAGCAGCCGAUGCUUUGGCGGCACCAUGGUCUGGAGCGUCGACAUGUACUCGGGCUCCGGCAGCGGGGACACCCCAGACGAUGGAGGCUCCGGGGAAUCCGUCGAUCCAGGUGGCAACCAGGGUGACGGCUCUGGUCUCAUAUAUAUCGACCCAGAGAUCUGGGACGAGGAGGAACCCGAGGUGAGAUGCCAGCCGCCAUGCACCAUGGUGCUGCCGCCGUCGUCCCUCAAGAAGCCCAUCACCCUGACCCUCCCUCCCUACGAGACCUCGCUUGACGUCGCCUGGAGCGGCACGGAUGGCUGGCACAGCACCAUUCAAAAGACGACUCUGACCAUACCUGUCGUUACCAUCACCACCGUCGACGUCUGGCACGUCACAGUGCGGGAUAGGCGAGCCGAUUCCACCACCAUCUGGUCAACGUUCGAUGUCACACCAAGCAUCAGGCUGCCGACCUUUAUCAUCACCAACAGGUUGCCCGAGACUACCCAGGACGGUGUUACUCAACCCCCAGGGACCAGAACCAUCACCCCUCCGCCAUAUCCUUGGACUUAUACGCCUCCAGAUCCGCCAAGGGCGAAGCCUACUUCCAACACACCUGGCGGAGAUGAUGAUGACGACGGCGGCGAUGAAGACGACAAUGUUAUACCACCGCCUCCCGCCGUGACUUGGCGUCCCGGGAAAUCCGGUCCUAUAUGCAAGAAGAACUGCGGCAAGCCUUGCCGCACAUUCUGCUCCUUCCCCUGCCUCCUCAACUGUCCGGACGGGGGCAAAGACUUCCCGGACCCGAGGAACCCCAAGCCGCCCGUCCCUCCCAGACCGCAACCGACGGGGGCACCAACGCCGACGGUAAAGCCGACGGUGCCCAAGGAUCUACCGACGCCAGGCGCGCCGCCAGAGAACAAGGACCACGAGAACGACGAGCAGCAGUGCGCCCUCGAGUUCGACCUCCCGCUGCCCACGUGGCGCGACCCGGACGGCACCACGAGCGUCAAGCCCAAGCCAACGCCGCCCAAGCCCUCCCCCAAACCGAACCCGGAGCCCCCGUCUCCCAACCCGGACACCGAGGAGGUGGACUGCUACAACGGCGGGCAGUUCAUCAACCGCGGCCUGGCCAUAGAGGCGCUCGAGUACUUCUGCGACCGCUUCGAGGGCCGAGUCCUGGACGCCACGCGGCCAGAGACGGAGCGCACCCUCAUGUGCAAGCACGGCGUCCACUGCAUCCCCACCGGCAAGGGGUGCUUCGUCGACGUCCUGAUGAGCGUCACCGUCAAGAACGGGUGUCGUUUCACCGUGGGCAGCAAGGGGGCCAAGUCUGAGUGUGGUCGCAUCCUGAGACGCAUGAUUGACGAGUGCGAUACGUCUUCGACGCAGUUUAAGCAGGGCGGCAAGCUGAGCAGCAAUUGUGCGGAUUGGAGGUUUGAUCCCAAUAACAGGUGGAACCCGAGUUCGAAGGAUCAGUGUUCAAGUUAA